AAAAGCGCGUUCCCGACCGCCGAUGGCCAAUGCGUCAUUCAGCCUCCGUUGACCGCAACACGACGGAGGGCCUGCUCGCUCGAAUCUGCAUCUAGUGCCUUGGAGCGGAUACGGGGCCAUGCAUUCUGUCGCAAGGUCGGCCUUUUGCAGAAGGGUGGCCCUGGCUAGGUGGAUUGUUGCGCCGUUCCGAGAGGCUUCCCGGCCGAGUAUAAAUACUACCGAGGUGGCGGUAUUUCGAGCGCAGUUCACGAGAGGACAUAUUGGACGGAGAGAGCAGAGUAGCAUUGCGGGAGCAUCACCGACCUCAGAAGCAACACCACGAACGACUCUCGACCCGCCUCCACGCCAAAAGAAACCACUGUACAUCCGCAUCCCGCUCACCAUCGCCCUUACCCUCAUUACCUUCACCUUUGGCUUCACCAUGGCCGCCGCUCCAGCCCUCUCCACCGCACAAGCGCUCCUACAGCCCCCUUCAGACGAAGAGACACUCACACUCUUCACACCCACGACCGAGGAGCUCGUCACUAUAGAGCAGCAGAUUUUCGAGCAUCCGCUUACGAAAUCGUUACUAGAGGAUGAGAAGUACAUUGCGAGCAGACCGCAUCUGAAAAUUCCGGAGCAGAUGCGGACGCAAAAUCUCACAGGUGGGACGCUUUUAGGGCCUGAUAAGAUUGCCGUCCCGCCCGUACAAUUCAGCACCGCCGACGGGACUACCUUCGUCUCCCUCCAAUACGUCGGUUCCGCUCUUUGCGGCCAUCCGGGCAUCGUGCACGGCGGUCUCCUAGCCACGCUCUUAGAUGAGGGUCUAGCGCGCUGCUGUUUCCCCGCGCUGCCGAAUAAAGUCGCCGUCACUGCUUCACUGAAGAUCGAUUACAAGGCGCCGUGUAUGGCCGGUCAGAUUGUGGUGCUGAAGGCGGAGACCACCAAGGUGGAGGGGCGGAAGGCGUGGGUUAAAGGGAGGUUGGAGACGCUGGUUGAUGAGGAGAAGGGUGAGAAGCCGGUUGUGCUGACGGAGGGGGAGGCGCUGUUUAUUGAGCCGAGGCAGGCGGCGAGUAUGAAGAGGGUCGUUACGUAGGGUUAGCGAGUGGACGAGCAUUGGGACGGCGUUUUGGAGUAUAGAGGCUUCUCUUAAGCAAACCUUCUGCCGUAUGUUGGCGGUAUGCUGUGCCAUAUGGUACGUCUAGACCCGGUGUAGAUGUUAGACUUCUACAUAAUCAGAUUCUGGUUUAGCGAACAUUACCCUUCCUAGUGGUCUUCCCCCAUCUCCAUGGACCA